GAGCGAGAGAGAGAGAGAGGGAAAGAGAGAGAGAGAGAGAGAGAGAGAGAGACUUCAGAGUGAUGGGAGCCGGCUGAGCAAGCAGCAGCGAGUCUUCACUCUCCGAGCUGCUAAUGACAGCAGGCAGACAGAUGUGAAGGAUGGCGUCUUGCUCAGAGAUCUGUGGGUCUGAGUACGGCGAGCAAGCCCAAGUCAACGGGAACUACCAGCAGUAUGGUGUCCGCUCCUACUUACACCAGUUUUAUGAGGAGUGCACAGCUUCCAUCUGGGAACGUGAUGAAGAUUUUCAGAUUCAGAGAUCGCCUAGCAGGUGGAGCUCUUUAUUCUGGAAGGUCUGUCUCGUGUUUGGCACUGUGAUCCUUUUUGCUGGCCUGAUUGUCAUCAUGGUGGGCUAUGCUACUCCGGCUAGGAUUGAAGCAUUUGGUGAAGAAGAUCUCCUUUUUGUGGACAGCCAGGCAGUCAGUUUCAACCAUGCACUGGAUGUUUGCAAACUGACUGGGGCUGUACUAUUCUGUGUGGGAGGCACGUCAAUGGCUGUUGGUCUCCUGCUGUCUGCUUUUGCCAAAAGCUACUCCAAAGAGGAAUUAUAUCUGCAGCAAAAGUUUAAAGAAAGGCUGGCAGAUUUGCAUUCAACAGUUGGUACACCUAUAAUGAGAGCACCAACUCCCGGGGAAGGAAAGGUGCCAGUUACACUUUCCAAAGUCCAGAACAUCCAGCCGGUAACCCCAAAAACAGAGACCUGACAACAGUCUGGCUCAAAGGAGUGUACAAAUAGUGUGUGAAUGAUGAGUAGUGGGAUACAGAUUAUUGGGGAGUGCAUAAAUGCUCCUAAAAGGUCAGCUUACGUGACCGAAAAUGUCACUUUCUUCAUUAUGUUUGACGUAUUUCAAUAUCAGGAUUAGAGGCAGAACAGACAAAACAAGUUUAAUGUGUGCCGGCUCUCAGACAUCCUUUCACAACACAUGAAGGUUGUGAGCACUACCCACGCAAAAAAAAAAAAUAAGAAGACAAACAAAGCAACCCAAGAACAAAUCAAUAGAACACAGCCCCUGAACAAGCAAACAUUUUUCUUUUAAGUGGCGUCACAUCGUGUAGAGCUCCUGCUGAGGGGGAGCAGAACAGCAGCAGGCAUUAUUGACGAUUAGCUUUCAUUUUAACAAUGGUCAUUAAACACACAAAAAUGUCAGAGCUGCACAAAAAUUCAGAAGAAGACUACCCAGGCGCUCGACUCAUUAAAUCACUGGCAUUAAACGUUUUACAUUUAAGAAAUAAGAUAUGCAGGUCUUACUGUAUGAUAGCUCAUUUACAACAGGGGUGUCAAAUUUGCAGCCCGCAGGCCUUUUGCGGCUGAUAAAUAUAUUAUAAAUAUUUCCUAGGUGAUUUGAGUUUGAGACCCUUGAAGUAGAAUCAUUGGCGCAAAUUAGACAAGCUAAACAUAACAGCACCCUUACAGUACAAUUGGAUUAGUAAGACCAGGCAACCUGAUGAAAGACAUAAUAAAUGAGACCAAACAUGCACAGCAGCACAGAUUGUCAAUAAAAAACACAGAUUUCAACAUAUCUCUCUAUAUUAAGCAAAAACAUUCAAUAAUAUUUUUAAGAAAAGUUUUUAUUUAGCAUACAUUUUGUUGCGCCUGAUUGCACACAAUUCAGGGGUUAAUCGAAACAGCUUCAGGGUUCUAGAAUAAAAGCAAUAGUCAUGGACCACCAACGCAAAAUGAAUCUCAAUCUGGUAGAAAGCAUAUGUUCCUUUGAAGAGCAGAAAAUAAAGUACACUAGUCGCAUGGUGUUCAGUUGUGUGCAUUGCUUGAAAACACACACAUACAGAUGGACAAUUGUUUGAGAUUUGAUGAACAGAUUCAGAUCAGCAGCUAAUUACAAUAAUCUGUGGCAUAAAUGUUGAAUACAUUUGUCUUCUUAAUCAUCAACAGAUUUACAGACAGAGAAAACCUUUAAAAUACGAGUGGAAAAAGAAAUUGCCUCUAUAUUAAUGCUAUUGUCAAAUAUAUAUCUGAUUUAUGACACCAAGAUACUUCUGAGGUUUGCGAAUAAAUAAAUAUGAUCAAAAAUAAUCUCACCCGAGAUCCCAGAACCAUUUUCAGAGUUAUGAGCAAGCCAGUAACGUGAUCCGUGACAUAGCGUUAAGAACUACAGAUCCCUUCUCAAUCAACAACAAUGCUAAUCAAGCAGACUUUGUAAGAGCCAACAACAAAUACUUGGAGAAAUUUUAUGAUCCAAAUCUUAUAUUUUUGAGCUCGAACACAAAAAGGAUGAGUAAUCAGUUUAAGGAGGCAAAUGCCGGACUAAUUAAGUUAAAGUUAAAGUACCAAUGACUGUCACACACAUACUAGGUGUGAUGAGAUUAUCCUCUGCAUUUGACCGAUCACUUUUUUUGAAACACUUAAGCAUCAAUAAAAUUGCUCUGCGCUAAACAUACAAACUUACCAUAAUAAAUCAAAAUAAAACAAACACGUGUUGUAAUAUUUCCACUCUCGCAUGGAUGCUGACCGACAUGACGCAUGCAUAAUCCAGUUUGGAUGAAGACCUUAUCACAUUACUCACAAAAGGUUAAUAAAGUUGCAGUAACUAGCAUCUUUUUGUGUCUUUUUCAACAUCUCGUGGACUGUUAAAGUGUCCAACCUCUCAGUUCAUGGCCACAUGUUAUCCACUACCAAGUGAGAGCUGCAUGAAACAUAAUCUUUGUCACAAACAUGCUAAAGGUUUGAGAUGAAGCAGAAGCAGCCGCCGGCUCGGUGUGUCAACAAGAGCAGCGCAAACUAGCAUUAGCUCACAGCUAUCAAUGCAUCGCUUAAAUAGGCGGUCUGGAUUGACGCUUUUAAUGACAACAUUGGUAAAUUUUCAUGUUCUGAUAUAUAAAUGGAGUGUUGUUGGCGGUUUGUGGCUGUUUUCUUGAGGGUAUAUUGGUCGCAAAAGCGGACCCUCGCUCUGUUGACUUAAUUAUUAGCUAUUUAUUCAUGAUUUUGAAUGCAAAAAAAAAAGCCAAAUGUAUGUGUUCUUGUCUUACAUCAGGAUUGUGAAUGUUAAACAGCACAUAUCUUUCCAAUUUGUGUGUAUGUCCAAUAUGACAGAUCUGAUAAUAUGGUGAGAGUGCAGAAGCAUUUCUAUCAUCACUUAUCAUUUACGGAAUUCGUCGAAUAUAUUUGGAGCUGAAUAUUAAGAAUGGCCGACUGAAUUUGCGGCAUUUUUUAAUGUUUAUACAGUAUUUUCACAUUUUUUGUGAAUUGUAAAUAACAUUGGAAAUGGUUUAAUAACUACAAUGAAAUAUAAUUUAAGUAUAUGAAGUCAACUUGUUUUCCUACUCUACUGAUACUUUAAAGUUGAAUGCCUCUAAAGACGUACAAUUUAGAAAUGACUAAGACUAUCUUGAAUUAUCUCACACACACCUAUAAAAUAUCAUACAAAGAGUCAAAUUAUACAUUGACCAUCUUUUGUUUGGCUUUAGAGUUUCCAAAUAAGUUGCUCUUAAUUAUAAGAGGUUCCACUGUAUAAUAUUGGUAGAAAAUGCAAGAACAUACAGUACGUGUUACAUGUUUUCUGUGAGUUGUUGGUAAAUACUAAAUUACGCUAUUUUUACAACAAAUUGAGCAAUACUGCUUUAAAGUAAAGAAAAACAGUGUUCUCAUUUGCUUGUUUUCAUCUUUCGCAUCACUGGUGCAGGUCCCUCCAGCAAACCUUCAUUAGCAAUGAAAAUGUCCAUGUAAGUUGACCUUUUACUAACAUUCCUGCUGCUACUUCCACCCUUUCUUUUUCACUCACUAAAGUCAAUGUUGUUUUCACACAAAACACAAAACUAAUGAUAUUAAAUAUGCCAAUGUUUAAUAUUUCAAAUGUUACCCUGUCACGCAUAAAGUGCAAUUCUACUGUUCAAGACCAUAAACUACGGGUUGUUCUAACACCUUCCCAUUGUAGUCAAAGUGUUAGCGUGUGAUCAAUAAAUGUGCUCUCUAGUAGUUCCAUGCUGUGCGUUGUGUUUGGUUUUAUCUGUUCUUUGACCAAAUCUGACUUCCACAUUUAACAUAUUUUUGCUCCUACUAUCAACAAAUAUAUUAUUCCAGGUUUAUUCUUGUAAUUUACGUAGACAUUCAGAGAGUUUCAUGAUGUACUGUAACUGUGCAUUUUCCAGUAAGGAAUUUAAAAUGCAUAAUUAACAACUGAAAUUGAGAAACGUUUACAAAUAUCCAUAAUGCAGUACAGUAUGUCUAUUUUCAAACAUAAUAAAGGUGGAAUAUUUGCUGACCAA